AGCGGGCGGGAAGAAGAUUGUAUAUUUUAACUAAGUAGUGUGAGGUGAGAGAAAGCGAGGGAGAGAAGGGUGUUGCUGCGAGUGAGGCGAGGGAGGCGCUACGAGGUUAGCAGAAUGGUUGUCGAAUGGGCAAUGGUGGUGGUGAUGGCGGCGGCAGCGCUGCUAGCGGUGCAGCACCAUGGGUGUAGAGGUGCCAGUGUUGACGACACUCAAGUGUUGCUGAGUUUUAUGAAGGGAAUAGACAAAGAUCCGCUGGGCAGUCUCACCAAGUCAUGGCUGCCGGAAAGCAAGGACUCCAAUGGGUGCCCAUCAAAGUGGCAUGGUGUGUAUUGCGACAACAAGGACGGCCGGGUGAGCCGGCUGGAGCUCCAAGGCUUGGGACUGUCUGGCCGCCUUUUGCCCGAUACGCUGGGUGCUCUCCACUCGCUCGUCUACCUGUCGCUUGCCAACAACCUGCUGUCUGGCCCGCUCCCUGCCGACUUGGCUCGCCUCUCUCUCCUGGAGCAGCUCGAUGUGUCGGGGAACAUGCUGGACGGAGAGAUGAUCCCGGCAAUGGGCAGCGGCUUGCGACGGUUGCAGAGGCUGUCCCUGGCCAACAACCGCCUGUCGGGGCCCAUCCCGGCCGACGCCUUGACCGGCAUGUCGGCACUCGAGGAGCUCGACCUGAGCAACAAUGCGCUCGUUGGCCCCAUCCCAGCCUCGCUGGCGGCGCUGGAGCUGCUCCGGGUGUGCGACCUGUCGGGCAACCAGCUCAACGGCAGCCUCUCGGCGCAGCUGGGCCGUCUCCAGCACCUGGAGCGCCUCCACCUGGCCGCCAACCAGCUGACGGGCAGCAUCCCCUCCUCGUGGAUGCUGCUGCCCGCCAUCCAGAGCCUCCACCUCGCCCUCAACCGCCUGUCGGGCCCCCUCCCUUGGAUCGCCUCGCUUCUCCCCCCGGACCUGCUCUACGUCAACAUGAGCUUCAACCGGCUCUCCGGCCCGCUGGCACCAGACGACGCCGCCAACAAUCUCUUCGCCAACAAGAUCCAGAUCCUCGAUCUCAGCGCCAACGCCCUGGCCGGCUCCCUCCCCUCGUUUGAGUUUGUCUUCUCGCUCCGGGUUCUCAAGCUCCGGGCCAACCAGUUCACGGGAUUUGUGCCACCUGCGCUACUGUCGGCGGAAGCGUCACUGCUCGAGGAGCUGGAUCUGAGCAACAACCGGCUCUCAGGGAAUGUCUGGACGAUCUCGGCUGCUCGCCUCACCCUGCUCAACCUCUCCCGCAACGCCUUGUCGGGCGGCCUGCCCCCACGGCUUGGCAGCUGCGCCCGAGUGGACCUCAGCGCCAACACCUUCUCCGGCAACUUGUCCGUCAUGAGGUCGUGGGGCAACAGCUUGGAAUGGAUGGACCUCAGCAACAACUCCCUCUCGGGCGCACUGCCCAGCCAGACUGCGCAGCUCCUGCGCCUCACCUCACUCGCUUUUGCAAACAACAAGCUCGAGGGCGGCAUCCCUGCUGCCUUCGCAAGCUUCCCCAAGUUGACGAGCUUGGACUUGAGCGGCAACACCUUGCUCGGCCCCAUACCCCCCACCUUUUUCAACUCAUGCACGCUCGUAGCACUCAAGCUCUCCAGCAACCGGCUCUCCGGGACAAUUCCCGUCCCGACCGCCAGCGCCACCGACGCUCCGUUGCGCCUUCUCGACUUGGCAAGCAACCAGCUGGAUGGCGCUAUUCCCUCCAGCCUCCUCACGGCCACCUUGCAGUUUCUCAACCUCAGCAACAACAAGCUAUCGGGUGACAUACCGGUGGACGUGACCAAACUCGAUCGCCUGCAGCAGCUCGACCUCUCCUCUAACCAGCUCACCGGUUCCAUCCCCUCAACGCUCGGUCCUCCUACACUCACUCUGCUCAACCUCUCCAACAACAACCUCUCGGGAGCCAUUCCGUCCCAGCUAGAAUCCAAGUUCCCGCCUUCGUCCUUCUACCCUGGAAACGCCCAGCUCCUGUCCAAUGGCUUCCCCAGCUGGAAUGGCCAUGCACCACAGGCCAACCAGCCCUUGGGCCUUGUCAACAAAACCCGGCGGAAUGGUCGAGUGUCUCCGUCUCUCAAAGCUGGCCUCCUCGGCGGUUGUGCUGCAGCCUUGCUACUAGCCCUCGCUAUAGUCGGCCUUGUCUAUUACAACAGGCAGCGGCAAAGUCAAGGUGACAACAAGUCUGGCAUUCCGGUGUUUAAGAUUGUGGAGAGAGAUUUCAAGGUCCAUCACCAGCAGCAGCCGCAGCAGGAGCAGCAGCAGCAGCAGCCGCAGGUAGAGAAUGAGAAGGACGACAACGUGUUGAAACGGUUGCCCUCGAGAAAGGGCUUCUUCUCGUCGCUGAGACCAGCAAGUGCGAGGGAGGAGGAGGGUGCCUUAGGCUGGAACUCCCCAGACAAGCUAGCAGGCGAUCUUUUCCUUUGGGAUGGCGACGUGCUCUUCACUGCCGAAGAGCUGUCACGAGCACCAGCGGAGGUUCUUGGCCGAAGCAGCCAUGGAACGUCAUACAAAGCAACACUGGACAGUGGUCAUACCAUCACUGUCAAGUGGCUCAAGGAAGGGUUGGCAAAGUGCAAGCGGGAAUUCACCAUGGAGGCCAGAAGGUUUGGAGGCAUCAGGCACGACAACGUGCUUCCAUUGCGGGGCUACUACUGGGGGCCCAGGGAACACGAGAAGCUCAUCCUCACUGAUUUCGUUGCCUAUGGCAGCUUAGCGGACCGACUUUUAACUGCAGAGAAGUCAUCCGGUGUUGGCCGAUAUCCACCAUUGUCGUGGCCUCAGCGCCUACGAGUCUCCGCGGAUAUUGCCCGAGGCCUGUGCUAUCUCCACGACGAUCACAAGCUUGCGCAUGGCAACCUCAAGGCGUCCAAUGUUUUGUUUGAAGGAUCCGACCUGCGUGGACGUCUCACCGACUAUGGCCUGCACAGGCUCAUGACCGCUGCGGGAACAGCCAGCCAGUUUGUCAAUGCGGCAGCUCUUGGUUACAGAGCUCCAGAGCUGUCGAACAUCAAGCGUCCAAAGCCAACCACCGGGGCGGAUGUCUAUGCCUACGGGGUCCUCCUGCUCGAGAUCCUCACCGCCAAGGCUGCAGACGACGUCAUCUCUGGGGGCUCCACUGCGGUCGAUCUCCCAGAGUGGGUUAAGCUGCUCGUAUCGCACAACAGGUCCAGUGAGUGCUUUGACCCUCACCUGCAUGCCGGCAGCUUGGAGCUGCAACAGCUUCUAACGCUUGCCUUGCGAUGCAUCUCAGCAGAGCCAUCAGCUCGGCCCGCCAUUCGCAUUGUCUACCAGGAGCUGCUCCCCAUGCUUGAAGCCGCAGCAGCUGAAUGAUGGGGACACCAGUUCAAGUUUUGACUCGUGCACGGAUGGUUGCAUAUGCUACUUACUAUGUUGGCCGAGCUGACCUCUCAUUCGUCACCUCUGUCUCGGCCACCUCUCACACUUCCCCUAAAUCGUUCGAGCUGACCUGGGGCUGCUGCUUUUGGGAGACCCAGGAGACGAUACGCUCCCACCAUUAGCUCUGAUCUUUUGUUCCACUUUAAUAAGCUCAGCUUCCAGGCA